CCUCGGGGUGGGGACUAGAUGGAGGCCCGACGACGGGGUCUGUCAAGAACGGCCCGGACACCGGCGCGCAGCGAGGGUGAGACCCCAGCAGAGUCCCAUUCCUUCCCCUAAACUCCCAACAGCCAGUCUGGGGACCCCAACUGACUCCUGGGGAAGUCCAAGAAAAAACUUUGGGGAUCUAUCGAGAAGACUCUUGGCGGGAUCGGACACUUCUCCCUCCAUUGUCCGCGGAAAACCUUCCCAUCCUUUUACCUCCCCAGUCCCUAGGGGCCGCUCAGGCUCUGCCCUUGAGCCAGGUUGCACCUGCGCAGGGGCGGGAGAGGGGUUUCAGCCCUUAUCCAAGGAGGGGAGGAGAAUUCUUGAAGGAAUCCAGCAUGUUAGUAAGACGGGGUCCAGUGCUGAGUGGAGGUGGGAGUAUGGGAGGGUGAGGGGUGAAGGCUGAUUUCUGAGUGUUGUUUCUAUGGGGGGCAAUUUCAUACUAUAACCCGGAAAACAGGGUCCCAAUCCACUCUGAGAUCCCAGAUGGCCCCUGUCCUGUUCGCACCCUCCCCCAAGGGCCUCUUGCUGCCUGGGGCAGGGGCAUUGGUGUUAGAGUUAGUGGCUACUCUUAGCCCUGAGUAUGAACAGCCCACACUGGCUGUUUUCCACAGGAAACAGGACCAGAGGGACAGAACAGGAAGGAAGCAGAUGGGUGUGGAAGCAGGGCUGGGUGGCGCAGGACUUCUGAAGGGGGCUGGGGGGGUGCCUUGCAGGGCUGGGAAGCAAUAUAACUGUUAUAGUCCAAAUUUUGUUCCCAACCGCAAAGCUGGGUCUUAUAAAGAGGACUGAGAUUUGGUGAGGCCCUCCUGUGCCCAGCUGCAGUCAGAAUCCAUCCCAGAUCUCCAAAGCAGCCUCUUCCUAGAAUAUCCCUUAGUUUUCUAAUGUAACCUUAGGUAGGUUAACCUCAGUUUGUUUCUUUGUUUCAACUGGAAAAUGAGGUAACAGAAACUACCUGAUAGGAUUGUUAUGAGGAUGCAUAAUAUUAUGUAAAAUGCUAAUAUAGUCCCUUGCACAGAGUAAACGUCAUAGAAAAGUUGCUCUGGUUAUUUUUCUUCGGAGGGUAUUGUACAUACCUGCCCAGAGCUCUGGCCUCGUUCUCCCUGGUCUCAUCUCUGUCUUACCCACUGGGCCAUGAGCUCCUUGAGGGCAGGGCCCAUUCCUUUUCUACUUCAGUAGUCACCCCCACCCCUCAAGAUACUGUGGUCCUGCUAGGUCUGGCCCAGAGGAGGGCUGAAGAGAUGUAUUUAGAAUUCUCCGAUGAAACUGGAAAUUGCUGCUCUAGGUAGAAUCCACAAGCACGAUAUUUUCUUUUGUCCUCGGGCUUAUAGACUAGAUGAGGAACUGAGAGGGGCACAGGGCACAAAGAGAAACAUUAGGUACUAAAUCUCUCAGGGUGCGGAAUGUACUUACUUCUGGAGCUCAGGGAAGGGAGAGCUGGUACAGGCUGGAGGGGCUGGGAGGGGGUUCCUGGUGAAGUGGUCCUUUUACCUGCCCUGAGCCUACAGCUGGAAAAGGAGGGCCUGGAGUGCGGAGGAAGCAGGCUCACUGGGGUGUUCAGUGCACUGUCAGGAAGGGUGGGAGUUGAGGCUGGGGAGGUGGGGCUCUCUAGAAAGGCAGAAUGCCCUCUCUUUCCACGAUGGGCCUCCUCUUUCCUAUGUCUGGGUCUUGGGAGACCCCAGAGUUUGAGCUUCAGAAAUUCUGGAGCCAGAAGGCCUGGCUUCCAAGAUGUGGCUCUGCCACUUAGUAGCUGUGUGACCUCCGGCAUUUAUCCUCUCUGACCCUCAGUUUGGCCAUCUGCAAAAUGGGGUCAGGAAGACCACCCACCUCACUUGGUGAUUGGGAGAACUGAAGGAGACAAUGCCUGCAAAGCACUUACCACUGCCUGGCAUGUUGUAAGGGCCUGAUUAAUGGGAAGUGUUCUUGUUUUCUGGGCAGACUUUGUCACCAAUGUCAGUGCUGAACUCUGGCUGGCCCCACCAAGGGGAGAGCCUCACCCCUUGGGAGCUAGGUCCGCCAGCCGACUCAGACACUGACCCAGGCCACUUGCCCAAGGAGGAUCCUGAGGAAACUUCUGAGCAGGACCCUGAAAUUCUGAGCUUGGGGCUUCCUGGCUUGGACACCAACUGGGCCCCCAACCAGCCUGGGCUUCGGAUCCUCCUGCAGCAGCUGCCUCCACAGGACAGCGACGAGCGCUACUGCCUGGCCCUUGGGGAGGAUGAGCUGGCAGAGCUGCGGCUCUUCUGUGCUCAGAGGAGGCGGGAGGCCCUGGGACAGGGGGUGGCCCUCCUGGUACCUCCCGAGCUGCCAGAACACACCUGCGAGAAGUGCAGGGAGCGGCUGAGGCCAGGGGAGUACGGAGUGUUCGCAGCCCGGUCAGGGGAGCGGCGCUACUGGCACCGGGCUUGCUUUGCCUGCCAGGCCUGCGGCCAGGCCCUGAUAAACCUCAUCUACUUCUACCACGACGGGAGUCUUUACUGCGGCCGCCAUCACGCAGAGCUGCUGCGGCCGCGCUGCCCGGCUUGUGACCAGCUGAUCUUCUCCCGGCGCUGCACCGAGGCGGAGGGACGGCGCUGGCACGAGAACCACUUCUGCUGUCAGGACUGCGCCGGGCCCUUGGGCGGGGGACUUUAUGCCCUGCCGGGGGGCGGCCCCUGCUGCCCCAACUGCUUUGAGAGUCGCUAUUCGGUUUCCGGCUCGAGCCGGGCCCAGACACUGGAAGGGGAGGCGGGUGUUGACAGAGUUGAAGAAAGGGACCGCACCCCGCUGGAUGCCGCUACGGUCUCCCGAGCUGCCCUUCUCGCCGCUGCCCCCCGCUCCAGUCUGGAAACCCAGAGGGAGCUGCUUGGAUCCAGUCCAAGGCAGCAGCGUCGAACGGGGGACAAGGUGGAGGCACCCACAGGGCGGGAGCAGGGCCGCCUGGAGACGCCCCUCGAUGCCUGCCCCACCUGCUCCUCUUCUUCUGACUCGGAACCCGAAGGCUUUUUCUUAGGCCAGCGUCUUCCCGGGCCCUGGAAGACCCCCAGAAGCCUCCAAGCUGGGGACAGCGACACCUCCAGGAAGCACUGCACCAUUUGCUAGUGGCGCAGCCCGGAGACGG